AUGGGAUCAGGGAUGUGCUUGAAACACUUGCUCUUCCUCCUCCUCCUGGGAGCAGCAUCUGGACAGUCAAUCUUCCGCUCCCUCUUCGGCUUUGGAGGCAACGGAGACACUCGACCCCGUCGGCCGAUGCUGUCCCUCUCCAGCUCAUCCAACGAAUUCAAAGAUGCCUUGGACAAGAGACUGUUCUCGUCCGAGUUCGGGCAGCAUAUCCACUCGGAUUUACGCGCAGGCAACAUUGAUGGAGUUCGAGGCCAAGGGCUCAAGGCAAAUGCUGUGGGGGAGCAGGGAGCAGGCGACCUGAAGAGCGAAGAUGCAGAGCCCAAGGACUGGAACAGCAUCAAGGAUAUGAUGAGGUUGAAGGACAUGCUGUCAAACCAGAAGAAGCGACAAGACAGCAGGUGGAUAGCAGACCAGGAUGAACGGAACUCAGCAUGGAUGACCAAGACGCUGGCGCGAGCCGAGAUCUCUGCCAUCAAGAAGAAGGCGGCGAGAGAUCUCGCGACUGCCAAGUCCAUCCUGGACAAGGAAGUUGAACGUCAGCAUGCUAUCGCCAAGGCUGGCGUCAUUCGCAACGAGAUCACAAGGUUGGAGAUGCAGAAGAAGGUCAAGGCUGCAGAGAACCUCGCCAAGCGUGAAGCUGCUCUACUCAAGUCGCAGGAGGACAGAGCUGCUCGAUUGAGCGGUGCUCUCCUCGUCAACGAGGUUCAGAAGCACACGAUGCACGACCAGCUGAUCUCCGUCAAGUCUGAGUACAAAGCUGUCAAGCUGCUGCUGGAAAGAAGAGUCAAAGAACUUCUCGACAAGUUGAGCAAGGCCCAGCAUCAGAUGGUCUCAGCGGACAUGACUAGCGCCAAGGAUGAGGCGAAAGAAAACUUUGACCAGGACGAGUUUGACGACCUCAAGAAGCAGGCGGAAGGCGCGAAGAGCCGAGCUGACGGCCUGCUGGACCGUCUUGGGAAGGCGAAGGCGGGGAUCGCGUUCUUGUCGGCGAAGCUUCAAGAUGCGCAGGAGAUGACCAAGGAGGCGAAGGAGGAGGAGGAGAGCUGGAAGAAGCGAGCCACGGACGACGAGGGCCGCGCCGAAGCCGCUGCAAGGGAAAAGCUGAAGGCGCUCGAGAGGAUGAAAGUGGAGCAGGAGAGAGCCAACGAGUACGAGAAGCUGCAGAAGAAGUCCGAGGAGAUGGAGGACAGAGCUGUGGCCGCUGAGAAGGCAGCUGAGGCAUCCGAGAAGAAAGCAGAGCUGGAGGAAGAGGACGAGAAGGGCCUCGUGGAGCUCGAGAAGCAGAAAGCGAAAGAGGCAGAGGAUGAAGUGACCAAAGAGCACGCGAGGUUGGUGGAGAUGGCGGCAGAGCUCAAGGCUGCAAGGGAUCAGCUCGACGAGGGGAUGAAGCAGCUUGCAAUCUCUCAGGGGAAGGCUCAAGAGGCGAGGGAGGAGCAGGAGCGUCUUGAGAAGCUGCUGGAGGCCUCACAACAGUUGGCGGGUCAGCGCGAGGAGGCUCUCGAGGAGUCAAAACAUGCGCAGGACCUGGCGGUAGAGGCGGAGAAGGAGGCGAAAGCAGCGGCGGCGGCGGCGGCCGAGCUGGAAGCAAAGGCGAUGGAGGAGGAGAGGGUGGCAGAGGAGAAGGUGUGGAAGCUCAAGGCAGCAGGAAAGAUCAAAGAUCACGACCUCGCGAUGCUGCAUGAGGCUCUCCUCGAGACUCGCAACGCCACUGCUCGAGCACGCGAGGCAAGAGCGGCGGCGGAGGCCUUGAUGAAGAGAGCUGAGCAGGAAAAAGAAGAGACGCUGCAGCAGAAGAACGUGGCGCUUGCUGCCGUUGCUGAAGCUGAGAAGGAGAAGACGAAAGCCUUGGACAAGGCCGAGGAGGCUCAGAGGGCGAUGGAGGAGGCGAAGCGACAGCAGGAGAGCCAGGAGAGGCAAGUCAUCGCCCUCAAGGCCAAGGCCGAGGAAGCAGCUCAACGCGCGGAGGAGAAGCAGAAGGAGCUGCAAGGGAAGCAGGCGGAGCUGACAAGCAUGCAGCAAGACAUCCGAAGUUUACAGCAGAAGCUCUCCAACGCCCUGCUUAGCAAGCAGGCAGCAGAGGCGGCAGAGGCGGCAGAAGUCAACAAGCUGAAGGAGGCGGAGGAGGGGGAGAGCAAGCAGAGAGAUCGACGGAUCGCUGCCGAGACUUCCGCCAGCAAGCUGCAGGUGGAGGCACAGAAUGAGGAGGAGGCGGCGCGGAGGGCGGACAAGGAGCGAGACAUGGCGGAGGAGAAGGAAAAGGAGGAGGCCGAGCAGGCGCUGCAGGCCUCCAAGACUGCCGAGACUGCCAUGGGCGCGGUGGCGAAGGCCAACGCCGACGCAGCCAGCAAGACAGCUCAGCUGGAGGAUGCUGUGAAGGCAGCAGAGGAGGCGAGAGCUGCGGAGAGCCGUGCCGAGGAGGAGAAGGAGAAGGCGCUGCAGGAGCUGGCGGCAGCUCGAGCUGAGGCGAAGGCGACGGGAGCGACCUCGUCCGAUGCUGAGAAGGCAGCAGAGAAGAGACUUCAGUCGGCUGAGGCUCAGCUGCAGGCCCUUGAGAACGAGAAGAAGUCGGCGGAGGAGAGGCAGGAGGAGCUGAAACGAGAGUUGGAGACUGUGAAGUCCAAAGACGAGCAGAAACUUGAGCGAGCAGAGGGUCAGAAAGAUCAGCUGCAAGAGAAGAUGAAUGAAGUUGCCUCCAACCUUCAGAAGGCCCUGGAUGACGCCAAGAUGGCGGAAGAGAAGGAGAGGCUGGCGGAGGAGAGCGAGAGCAGCUGGAAGGCGAAGCUGGAGAGCGAGGAGAAGGAGGAGGAGGAGGAGAAGCUCGCGGCGAGCGAGGCGAGCAACGAGCUGAAGAUGGCCAUGGUGAAGGAAGCAGAGGCUGAGACACGAGAGAAGGACGAGGAGGGAGAGGCGAACCAGGCGAAGGAGAAGGAGAAGGAGAUGGUCGACCUACUGGAUCAGGCGCAUGCGAGGAUAUCGAUGCAGGCCAUCGCUAUGGUCAAGGCUGCCAGCGACAUCGAAGCUGCGCACAACGCUACGUUGGCUGCCAUGAAGGAGAAGGAGGAGGCGGAGGAGGCGCUGGCGCUGCUGCAGCAGUCGGCGGGUCGGAGGACGGAGGAGGACGAGGAGGCUCUGAAGGAGGCGAAGAGAAGAGCAGAGGGAGCAGAGGCAGCACUGGAAGAGAAGAAGCAGGCGGAGGCAGCGUCGCAUGCUCGCGAGAAGCUUCUGAAGGAAGACCUGGACACGGAGAGGAGCAGGAUGAACGCCUUGAUCCGCCAGAUGCAGCUGCUGUCGGCAGAGGAGGAGCGAAACGUCACCUCUCUUCGCGAUGCCGUCAUGACUGCCAAGGAGCGAGUCGAGCAGCUGCGCGCGAAGCUGAAGGCCGUCAACACGGCGCGAGAUGAAGCAGUGGAGGAGGAGCUCGCAGACGCCAAGUCGAAGCUCGCGGCGCUCCAGGCUGACGCAAGUGCGGACAAAGCGAGAGUCGACGAGCUGCGCCUGGCGCUGGAAGAGGAGAGGAUCAGAUCGGCGGCAGCUGCUGCUCGAGCUGAGAACUACUCAGCGUCAGCUGGGACGAGCGCGGCCAUGGUGAAGCGAGUCAAAGAGGAGGCGGCGGCAGAGGAGGCGCGUCUGCAGAAGAUGCUGGAGGAGGCGAAGGAGAAGGGGGAGAAGACAGCGGCGGCUGAGCUGGAGGCUCGGGAGGCGCUGGGACGAGCGACGCAGCAGGUGAAGGACGAGGAGGCGAAGGGAGGAGCGAGCAAAGAGAAGGAGAAGCAGAUGGAGGAGCAGCUGCAGCAAUUGAAGGACCAGCUGCUGUCAGCACAGGAGGAGCGACAGAAGGCUGUCGUGCUGUCGCAGCAGGAGAAGGAAGCGGCUGCGGCGUCGCGUCAGAAACUUCGAGCCAUGGCUGGAGGGCCGGGAGUGACGUCCCAUGGCUGCAAGUGCGCCGACAAGUUCAGCUACAAUGGGGCAGAGCACACGGGGUGCAUUCACGACAGCAGCAACUCACUGGCGGAGGGACAAGCAUGGUGUGUCGUCGAGGAUGCGUGCGGGACUGCGAUGGAGGUGAGGAGAGGAGAAAGCGAGGGAGGGGGGAGGGAGAAGUGA